UCUGAAUCAUCACGUCAUUCGAUUGUCAAAGGUCAUCACACGGCACAUUUACUUAUGCUUACAUGGCUCUCGGUCUUUUCAGUUUGCUUGAGUCUUUAGUUCUUAUUCUUAAUGCAAUUUGUAUCCUCCACGAGAAAAGAUUUCUGUCUAAAAUUGGAUGUGGCCGGACAGAUAACGAGUACAGUCCUCCUACAACUGUGAAGUACCAAUUUUUAACGUUUAUCCACUCUGUUCGGACUGUAAUGAGAGUACCACUGAUAGGUGUUAAUAUCGCGAUGAUUGUUUUCAAGUUGGUCUUAGGAUGAUUCCUAUCCAAUAAUGAUAUCCGAAUGCUGCACGUCGAACUCCUUUUACCUAAUUCUAUUUUCAUAAUAAUUUAAAUCAAUGAUAAGAUCCGGCUUCGAAUAUCCGCCGACCAAAUGUUGUCUGAGCACUGUUUUCUACAUUUUACCUUUUUUGUAAGCGGAAAAUUAAUGAUAACCUUGGUUUUCAGAAGAUGCUUUUCUCUGAAUUCGGUAGUAAACAUGUCUCUGUCAGCAAAUCCUACAUUUUAAGAUACAAAUACUCACAUUCCCAUGUAUGUUUAUUUCUUCGUGUUCAUUUAAAGAUAAACCCACUUUGCACACAAAUAAAAAGUACUAAGUCUUGGAUUUGCCAGUCUAGUUUUUCCUGUUCUCCAUUGAAUACUUCCCUUUCAAUUACGGCUUUUUUUAGUUUUGUAUUUCUGUAAAAAAUUGGAUAUAUACUUCGGAAAAUAUCAAAGAGCAGUUGCGUUCCAGGGGGUGCAUUUUACCGUCAGGACAAAGGUCGCUGUUUACUUGUUUAAGGAACGGCUAAAUAUGUUUAAAGUCGAGGAAAGUUGUUUUUUGUCUCAAAACUUCACUGACUACUGACCAUCUGGAAUUUUUUUAACUACUUUGCAAACACUGGUUAAAACAGACCAUUUUUCUCAUCAAUCCCUAGUCAAAGAAAGUGUUCUAAAUCCUUUCAGGAUUUCAAUCAACGUUGGGAUGGUUGUACUUAUCCACACUAUUUAUUUCGUGCAAAAACUACAGACACGUGGGAAGGGCACCUAUUUGAUCAACAUAUUUGAAAUUAUCUCUAACAAACUAACAUGCAAUUGCGUAUUCUGUCUAAAAUUAAGCUACCUAAACCGAAAAGCCCACUUUCUCCAUUUUUGUUUAACCUUAUCAUAAAUAUACUGAUGGAAGUGAUGCUCUCGUCGACUGAAUUUUCGGGCAUUGAUCUCUUACCAGGAGGUCCACUUAUCGACU